AUGGAUGCCACAAAUAGGAGUGUUUUGAGGGUUCUAAUGUUUCCAUGGUUAGCAUAUAGUCAUAUUCAUCCUUUCUUGGAGCUAGCCAAGAAGCUUUCUGAGAGAAACUUUUACAUUUAUCUUUGUUCAUCGCCUGCUAACCUUGGCCAUAUCAAAGAAAACCUACUGGAGAUGAACUUCCCUUCAAUACAGCUUGUAGAGCUUCAUCUUCCAUCAUCGCCUGACCUUCCUCCUCAUUACCACACAACCAAAGGUCUGCCGAAUCAUCUCCUGGGAAACUUGAUGCAAGCAUUUGAUACGGCAAGCAGUAGCUUCUCCAGCAUUUUGACAACAUUAAGGCCAGAUUUUCUAAUUUGUGAUUUCUUUCAACCAUGGGCUCCAGCACUGGCUUUAUCACUGAAUAUCCCAACUGUUCAGUUCGUGAUUAGUGGCAAUAAGGCAAAUUCUGUUGCAGUUCAUGCCUUCAAGAAGUCAGGUGUUGUUAUUCAAGAUUCUGCGAAAGAUUUUCUUUUUAUUAAAGACAGAAUUCUUCAGCACCUGGAACAAUCCUCUGGAAUCAUGUUGGUCAGGAGUUUGAGAGAGAUUGAGGGCAAAUACUUAGAUGAUCUUUCAGCUGUAACCAUGAAGAGGGUUUUGCCAGUCGGUCCACUUGUUCAAGACCCUAUUGCAGAAGAUGAUAAAAAAACUGAAAUCACGGAAUGGCUUAACAAGAGAGACCCAUGUUCUUCAGUCAUUUAUGUUGCAUUUGGCAGUGAGAAUUAUCUGUCAAAGGAGGAUAGGGAAGAGCUAGCACUUGGUCUAUUGCUCAGCAAUGUAAACUUUAUAUGGGUCCUUAGGUUUCCUCGAGGAGAGGAAAUCAGUGCAAGAGAAGCCUUGCCUGAGGGUUUCAUUGAGAUGGUUUCAGAAAGGGGAUUGAUAGUUGAGGAAUGGGCUCCGCAGAAGAGAAUCUUGAGUCAUCCUAGCAUUGGAGGAUUCUUGAGCCAUUGUGGAUGGGGUUCUGUGUUGGAAAGCAUGAAAUUUGGUGUUCCAUUGAUAGCUAUGCCCAUGCAUAUUGAUCAACCUCUGAAUGCUGAAUUUCUAGUGGAGAUAGGAGUUGGUUUGGAAAUCAAGAGAGACAAGAAUGGUAAAAUUGAGAGAGAAGAGGUAGCAAGAGUGAUCAGAGAUUUGGCAGGGGAGAGAACAGGAGAGCAUCUGAGGAGGAAAGCCAGAGAAUUGAGUGACUGCAUAAGAGAUAAGGCAGGCCAAGAAAUAGACGAGGUAGUAAAUGAUUUGGUUCAUCUUGUUGGCAGGAAAACACACAAUCCCUUUUAG